AUGGAGUGCGUUACAACUGCUACAGCUUCAGUACUAGUGAAUGGUUGCCCGACUGAUGAGUUUCAUUUUGAAAGAGGACUCCGUCAAGGGGAUCCUCUAUCUCCGUUUCUGUUUCUGCUAGCGGCUGAAGGCCUUAACGUGAUGAUGUCUGCGGUUGCCUCCAAUGGAUUGUUUACAUCGUAUUCAGUUGGGACGCAGAUACUUGUGUCGGUGUCUCAUUUGCAGUUUGCUGACGACACUUUAUUGGUUGGUAUUAAGUCUUGGGCUAAUGUUAGAGCAAUGAAGGCUGUUCUUUUAUUAUUUGAAGCUAUAUCAGGUCUAAAAGUUAAUUUUCACAAAAGCAUGUUGUUUGGUGUGAAUAUUACUGAGUCGUGGUUACAUGAGGCAGCAGUGGUAAUGCAUUGUAGACAUGGACGGUUACCUUUCAUUUAUUUAGGUUUGCCUAUUGGUGGAGAUCCUCGUAAACUUAUCUUUUGGUACCCUUUGGUAGAGAGAAUUCGUCGUCGGUUAUCUAGGUGGAAGUCUAAAAAUUUAUCGUUGGGAGGAAAGUGGGUGUGGAGGGUUUUGGAGGAUAAGGAAAGUUUAUGGAAUGUGGUGUUGCGUGCUAAAUACGGAGAGUUUGGGGGGAGGGUGCGGUUUUGUGAGGGUGUUGGAUCGAUUUGGUGGCGUCAGUUAAACCAAGUUAGAGCUGGUGUGGGGUUGGUUGAGUCUACGUGGUUGGUUGAUAACAUAGGCAGGAAGGUUGACAUAGCUGACAGAUGGGUGUGGAGACUCCACUCAUCACAAGUAUACACGGUGCAUUCUGCUUAUUCUUACUUAACAGCGGUGGAUACUAACAUCACUGCAGAUUUUGAUCAAUUUCUAUGGCUUAAAGCGGUUCCCUUAAAAGUUAAUAUUUUUGUUUGGCGGCUUUUUCUGAAUAGACUUGCUACAAAGGAUAAUCUUCGUAAGAGGAAUAUCCUUGAGGCAACCAAUGUUUCUUGUGGUGCUUUAUGUGGUAACGAGGAGGACAUGGAUCAUUUGUUUUUCCAAUGCAACUAUUAUGGUCGUUUAUGGCUUAUGAUUUCGGAUUGGUUAGGUUUUGUUACGGUUCUCAAUGGCAAUUUAUAUUCUCAUGCUCAUCAGUUUUGCGCUCUAGGUGGGUUCUCAAAGAAUUCUAUGCAAGCUUUUACUAUCAUUUGGAUUUCGGUCUUAUAUACUAUAUGA